AUGUCUAUCAUCAAAGCGUUUCUUGAUACUCUGCGUGAGAAGCUUGUGGAACAGCGAGAGCAGGAUUCUGAGCAGCCCGACAAGACUUCCGAAUGGCACCACCAAUUCGAUACGUCUUUCAAAGAGGAUGGCCCUCCACAUGCGACAAUAGAGCAGAUGCUUCAUGCGGCUUCAGCCAAUGAUCAUUGGGCUGCUUUACAGGCAGCUCUGGAUAUUGAACAGGAGUCGGAGAUGCUGAUUGUUAUCGACGGAUUAGAUGAUGUCAAAGAUCACAAGAAUGACUUCUUGAAGGGCGUUCAUGAAUUUGGCCAAUAUCUACUGAGAAGAACACCGAAAACCAAGGUUUUACUUACGAGCCGACCUCGAGCCGACGGGAACGUUGUAUUUCCUGAGUUCCCGUGCAUCGAGUAUGACAAGGAGAGGAAAGAGUGCCUUGCUAGUCUUCGCUUCGAUAACUCCCGCCAUGGCAAGAUCUCAGAGGAGCAUCAAGGUUCCCUUGAGUGGAUCUGGACGCAUAACCAGUACCAGAAAUGGUUGGAGGCAGACUCCUCCCGAGUCUUGUAUCUUCAAGGAAAACCUGGCAGCGGAAAGAGCACUCUCACCAAAUAUUUCGCAAAGUAUCUACCGGAGCGAGAACCAAAUGUCAAGUCGGCGAUUGUGGCCACGUUCUUCUACAGUGUUAGAGAGGGAGAGGCGCAAAGAAGUCAUUACAACAUGCUUCGAUCGAUUCUCUACGCUAUCCUAAACCAGCACGAGGCCUUCUUUUACCACCACUUUCAAUGUGAGUAUCGUCGCCAGUUACAAACAGCUGGUGGUGGUGGUCUCUUUAGAUGGGAUUAUUCGUCGCUUAAAAGCCUUCUUUCAUCCCUACGGGAUCACACGGUAGCGGAACGACUCUAUCUCAUCAUCGAUGCAGUCGAUGAGUCCGAUUUCAACGACAGGCGCGAAAUUCUAGAUUUGUUUCUCAGGAUCUGUUCAGAGGCGCAAAAAUGCGUUGUGAAGGCAUUCAUUGCAAGCCGGCCGGUCGCAACUCUCGAACGCCGCAUCAGCGAAUUCCACAGCUUCAUAAGGCUACAGGACGAGACACAGUUGGACAUCCUUAACUUCGCCAACGCAUUCCUACAACGGGUGGAAUUUUCUCAGUUCAUUGAGCAAGCAAGAAAGUAUGUUGUUGAUAACGCCAACGGUGUCUUCCUAUGGGUACGACUGGUCGGAGAGGAGCUGCUCGCCUACGAUGAGCAAGGUUGUGCUGAGGAAGACGUUUUUGAGUUCCUAAAAAGCCUCCCCACAGAACUGGAUGAGUUUUACCGAAGAAUGCUUGACAAAAUGGUCGGAAGAACGGAAAAAGAACACAAGGAUGGAGUAAAGAUGUUUCAGUUUGUUUUGUUUGCACAACGUCCUCUCACGGUUUGCGAACUCCUCCAUGCUUUCGGUGUUUCGGAUAACCCUGAAACAAAAUCCCUGGCCUCGGACGAAUCAUUUCAAAAGCGCAUACCACACCAGCGCCGUAUCACACAUUGCGGUGGCAACUUCUUGGAAAUCAAGCAACUUGAUGGUACCUUGGCUUAG